AAAGAUCGCCUCGUUGCAGCACUGUGUUUCUUGGUAUUAAGCUGGACUGCAAGCGGGACAGAUAUGGGACAUGAGUCCGUAUAAGAUGUAAGGUUCCAGCCCGGACAUGAUGCAGCCAGUGUCUCGCGUCAUCGAUUCCAUCGAGAGCUUUUCCUCACUUUACUUGUCACUCGUUUUGCGCUCUUGCUUUAACGCCUCAAGAUGUUCCGCAACGGUUUCGUCUCACUGACCCUUCUUUUGUUAGCACUCCUUGCGGUAGCAUCACCUCUCGAGCAACGCGAGGCUUCUCCAGGAUUGAUUGACAAUUUGCUCAAAGGCGCUCUCAGCGCUAUCCAGCAGCUAAUCAAGGAUAUCCUAAGCGGAACCAAGUCCGGUAUAACGGAUGAAAUUGCCAACAAGCCGGCGAUCUGCUUGUCAGCUGUCGACAAAUGCUGCGUCUGGUGGGAUGUAUCCGCCGAAUUGACGAAACUCUUCAAAGGCGCCGAUGGUCAAUGCAACGACAACGCUCGCGCCGCCAUCCGCUUCGGCUUCCACGAUGCAGGCGCGUGGGACAAAAACUCAGCAUGGGGAGGCGCGGACGGUUCGCUCAUGAUGGACUUCGGCGAGCAGGACCGUCGCGAGAACAACGGCCUCCAGAACAUCCGGCUCAUCCUCCGCGGCGUGCAGUCCAAGUUCAAAGUCGGAUACGCCGAUCUCGCGCAGUACGCUCAUAACCACGCCACCAUUACGUGCCCCAAGGGUCCACGCAUCCGGACCUUCAUCGGUCGCAAAGAUGCAGCGAAGGCCGGACCCGAGGGCCUGUUGCCGAGUCCAUUUGAUGAUCCGGAUAAUUUAAUCAAGCUCUUCGAAAACAAAGGUUUCUCCGCACAUGACCUCGCCGCCCUCGUUGGGGCUCACGCUGCAGCCAAACAACGUUUCGUCGAUCCCUCGAAAGCCGGGUUCCCGCUCGAUACCACGCCCGGAGUGUGGGACGUGGAGUUCUACAAUGACACGCUACAGGAACCGCCGAACCCGAAUAUCUUCGUGUUGCCGUCCGACAAGGCGCUAUCACAGCAUGCCGCAAUCAAAGACGAGUGGCUAGCUUUCGUCGGCAACCAGCCUCAUUGGAAUGAGGAUUAUGCAAAGGCGUACAUUAGGAUGAGCCUUUUGGGAGUUACGAAUUUAGGAGAUUUGAGGGAUUGCACGAGGACGCUGCCGAGAAAGAGGAGCUUGUAAUGCGAACGAGCUGUUGAGCGUUAGGACUAUGCAGAAAAGAGCAUCGGGGCAGUUUGAGAUACCUGGAGUCAAAUGGGUUGGAGCGUUUUUCACAUGUCAAGAGUGGACGACACCUGGGUUCUUUUUUACUCUAUCCCCACAUAUCGCUAUGGCGAGUGAAUGUUUAAUUUCUAUUGUCUAUUGGAUUACAUACUCCUAUUGCAUUUGGCAUGCGGCUGCUUGCGCGACGGCGGAUAUCCUUCAAUCUCGCGUAUACCGUUGAGCAGGCAUGACGGCAAAUCACGUCCUCAGGCUAUAGCUCGUAAUGAUUUCUUCUGGAGGAGUAUCGACAAACGUCUCGUCGACUUGCUGGCUUGGAAUGAAAGAAUGCUUCACG